UUCUUCUCCGUUCUUCUCCACCUCCUCCUCCUGUUCAAUCCCGAAGCCGAAACGAAACCCUAGAAUGGACAUCCUCAAGCAAGAACUCCUCAAGAAGCGCCAAACCCUCGCCGAAGAAACCGGCGGCCGGCGCGUCUUCAAGCGCUCCGAGAUCGAGCAGAAGCAAAUCCAGAAGCUCCGCGAGCAAGAGAAGCGCGAGCUCGAGGCCAAAUCCCGCCGCCACUCCUCCUCCUCCUCCUCCGACGCCGCCUCCAAGCCCGACAAUCCCUCCUCCGCCGCCGCCUCAGCCUCCUCCUCCGCCGUCUCCACCUCGGCCGCCGCCGCCGCGUCGUCCAAAUCCCUCACCCACGAGCAGAACAUCGACAACCUUGUCCUGCCGAGGCAGGAGGUGAUCCGCCGCCUCCGGUUCCUGAAGCAGCCGAUCACGCUCUUCGGCGAGGACGACGACGCCCGGCUCGACCGUCUCAAGUACGUCCUCAAGGCGGGGCUGUUCGAGGUCGACAGCGACAUGACCGAAGGUCAGACGAACGACUUCCUCCGCGACAUCGCUGAGCUGAGGAAGCGGCAGAAGAGCGGGAUGAUGGGCGAUAGGAAGAGGAAGGAGAGAGACGACGGCGCGGGGGAGGACGGAGAGGGCAGGAGGGGUGAGGAUGAGCUGAGUGGUGAUGGAGGAUCGAGCGGAGCCGAAGCCGAUAAGGAUUUGAAGCGGAUGAAGGCGAAUUUCGACGAGCUGUGCGAGGAGGAUAAGAUCUUGGUGUUUUUCAAGAGGUUGUUGAAUGAGUGGAAGCAGGAGUUGGAUGAGAUGCAGGAAGCAGAGAAGCGGACGGCGAAGGGGAAGUCGAUGGUGGCGACUUUCAAGCAGUGUGCUAGGUACUUGCAUCCGCUGUUCAAGUUUUGCAGGAAGAAGGUUCUCCCUGAUGAUAUCCGGCAAGCAUUGAUGAUAGUUGUUAACUGUUGCAUUAAGCGAGACUACCUAGCAGCUAUGGAUCAUUACAUAAAAUUGGCCAUUGGAAAUGCACCCUGGCCUAUUGGUGUCACUAUGGUUGGUAUCCACGAACGUUCAGCUCGUGAGAAAAUCUAUACAAACAGUGUGGCCCAUAUCAUGAAUGACGAGACAACCCGUAAGUACCUGCAAUCAAUCAAGAGAUUGAUGACAUUCUGCCAGCGGCGAUACCCGACCAUGCCUUCGAAAGCUGUUGAGUUCAACAGCUUGGCCAAUGGUAGCGAUUUGCAGUCACUGCUGGCUGAAGAGAGGGCUCCUGCCGGCAAUCAAGCUACUGAGGAAAGGCUCCGGUUGAUGCCUGCACCGUGGGAAAGCUAGUUCUGUCUCAUUUACGAUGAUUGAUCCAAACGGUAAACUCCACAUAAUGUCUGAUUCCUUGCAAGUUUGUAACCUUGGCAAAGCUGUAGUCAUUGAACUUCAUAGCUGUAUUACUCCUGGAUAUAGUAAGGCUCUGGAAAUUGCUGCCGAUUGAAAAGCCUUUGUCACAAAGAAAUGAGUUUGUAUUUCUCUUUUCAUGCUAUUGCAAAUAAGGUACUGGGUACUCUA